AUGUCAACCCUGCCAUCCACAGACCCUCCUCAUCUCCCCGCCUCCACAUCCUCACAGCAACCAGCCGUCCAUAUCCCGCCGCCCUCCUACCUUGAUCCCACCACCUACCCACAGACCCUCUACCUCGACCCCGAGAGAAUAUUCAUCGAACUCACCUACCAUCCCCUCUCCCCAUCCACCUACCUCGCCCACACCCGCUCCCCUGCCGCCGGUGCAAACGUCCUCUUCCUCGGCACCACCCGCGACACCUUUGAAGACAAACCCGUCGCCCGACUCGCUUACACCAGCUACGCCCCCCUGGCGCUGCGCACACUAUCUUCCAUCGCACGCGACGCCGUGGCCAAGCAUGGCCUUUGCGGCGUGAGUAUCGCCCACCGCCUAGGAGACGUGGCUGUUGGCGAGGAAUCAAUCGCGAUCGCAAUUAGCGCCCCGCAUAGGGGUGCUGCGUGGAGAGCCGGAGAGGAGGUUCUGGAAGAGUGUAAGCGGAGAGUGGAGAUCUGGAAGCGGGAGGAGUUUGUCGGGGAGCCGCCGGGACAGGGCGAGUGGAGGGCAAAUAGGGACACGGAUCCGGAGGGGAAAUCGACAUCGUGA